GGUUAAAAUCUAGACAAUAGAUGAUUUGGAUCAGAUAAAAACACUGAUAUGAGCUGAAAAUCCCAAACCAUGUGAUGAAGCUGUGAAGUGUUUAUCAUGUGAUGCUAUUCUGUUUAGUGGACCAGGAAAUGGAAUACGCAUAAUUCAACUAUUUUGUGGUAUUAAUGGAACUAUGGAAGUAACGCCACACGUUUUUAAUGUAUUGCAGAACAAUACCAUUAAAGGUAUCGUUUUAUUCUUGUUCCUCUUCCUUUUCAUCUUGAAAAAUGAAGCAGAAUGUUGCUCUUCUGGACUUUUGGAGGACAGCACAGCGUCUUGUUGCUAUAAUUUCUACAGAGAUGGAAACCAAUGCAAAAAUUGUCCAGACGGAUACUUUGGGUUCAACUGCUCUGAAAUGUGUGAAACACCAUCGUAUGGUCUGAAGUGUGCAUUGAAAUGCGAGUGUUUUCCGUGUCACCACAUGUACGGUUGCAAUUUGGCCACCAGUUCAAGAGGUACAACAUAGAUUUAACAUACAUAACAACAUAGCUCAACAAUUUUACUUAUUUCACUGAUCAUUCGUAUUCUUCUGCUUUUAAACACUGACUAAGACUGGAACUUGUUUUAAUGUAAGCAUCAGCGAAAAAAUCAAUUGCAAAUCACAGGUUUUAAGAAUUAUUAUCACACAUAUUCUUACACUACUCGUACAUAUCAAAAUGCUUUUCAUAAUACAUUAUAAGUCACCUACCGGCUUCACCGGAGGUGGUGUCUUAUGCUUUUUUGUGUGUUCGUCAAUCCGUCUUUCUAGGUGACUGUCCGUCCCCUUA